AUGCCACCUCAGACGAGAUCCAUGACGCGAGACGCACUAUCCAGAUUAUAUUUGGAAUACCCGGACGCCGUUGAAGAGGAGCAUGGCACUCUCCCAGUCCGACCCUCCGUCUACGGCUCAAGCGCCUCAGCCUCUAGGGGCCGUUCAUCUUCGGCUCGCCAAGCGGUGAAGCAAGGGCAACGUAUCUCUUCUUCGCAUCGAGACCUGACCCCCAAUUCAGCCUCUCUUUCUACGUCAGCUCCGACCUCCCUCAUCACUCCAGGCUCCCUGUCAGGUUCUAGCUAUCACGACAACCAAGAGAGCCUUGAGCUUGAUCCCAUACCUUCACCUCCUGUCAUGGCGACACCAUCGGUUUCCUCCAGUCCUGAGCCAUUGUUGGAAUACCACCAUGACCCAUCAGCUGCUACUCUGCACUGUCACUGCAUUCAAAUCCCCGUCUGUGUGGGACCACCUCCUACCAAACUUCACGUUGUCCAACUCUGUGUUCAUCGUAACUGGUGUCCCUCUGAAGAUACUCAGAUUCAUCUUGUUUACGAUACCGCCACUUUAUCUCGGACGCCUCUACAUCCUCCUCCACACCUAUGUACCGAGUACAGACCUCUUGACCUUUGGGCAGAUGAUACUGAGCGCUCCCCUGCUAUGGCCCUUGCUAGGCUUACCCAGCCAUCUUCGUCGCCGCUUAAAGAUGACAAACUUACGCCUUCCAGUCCUUCCAUCGGCUCAAGAACCGAAAAGCUUCUUAAUCAUCGCACACACUUGGCAGUCAUAUUUAUCAUGCUUCUCCUCCCUCUUAUCCCCUUGCUACCCCAAGGCAAUUUGGCAUGGGUUUCACAGUCAGCACAUAAUCGAACAGCACCUUUCGCCUUCUGGGAGCCUAUCCGUUCGAUCUACGAUAAACACGAAACUACGGUGCUCCCUUUGGUGACUCCCUUGGAAGUGAGCGGGCCAGUGCCUGCGCAACCCCUGCUCCUUCUCCAUGGCCUCUCGGAGGAGCUCAGCACCAUUAGGGGAGGCUUCGCAUCCUGGUCAGGAGGUCUUCGCUCACUGCCACCCCUACCAACCAACCUCGUUGCCCGGGUGAAAGACUGUGAGGCCAGAGCCGAGGCUCUUGUCAUGGACCAAGGCUCCUUUGAGGAUAAGGCCCCUUUUCUUAUUGCCGGAGGGGCCGCUACUUCUCUCCUCCACGCAUUGGCUGAGACCGAUAAUGGCCGACUUAAACAAAGAGCCAAUCAAACCCUGACGCCCAAACUCAUGAAGACAGUCUUUACUAUCAUCGAGGAGUACAACCUUGAAGCCCUUGUAAUCCUUCAGCGGAUUGGUCGCGAGCUGCGGCGCCUGCUACCUGAAGUUCGAGGCUUACUCAUUGAGGUAUCUCAGUCCGUUAGUCCCUUUGCCAAUGGUAUGCCCAACAGAAUGUGGGUUGAAGAGACUAUCGACGCAAUAACCUACACUGAAAAGGAACUACUACCCUUGAUCUCGGACGUUUACCUCCCACUCGUUGAAAAAGCCAUUUACGCCUUUUCUGACGUCGACGGGAGGCUGGCUGACCUCAUCGAAAAGUACAAAACUCUAGAACUGACGAAAGGAAUCGAGGAAAUCGACGUGUGCUACUUCCAAAGCGACCGUCUUACGUGGUGGUCUGGCUGGUUUCUGAAGCGAGAGAGGAUCUCGACGACAUAUUUCUUGGAUGCGCGUACUCUUGACGAACUGUACGAUGUGGCAGUCAGGGAUGCGGCAGUAAGAACGCUGCUUUUGAAGGAGUUUCCAGAGGAACGUCGUUCCCAAACCCAAUACACCGACAUCCGCCCCCCGAGGCCGCCAACCAUAUGUACUACAAGCAAGUCCUUAUCUGGACUGACAUUUAUCGUGAUUCUUUCAAGACGUUUGUUGCCACUCCUCCCUGCCGAGGUCGUCGGGAGCGGACCGCAAGAUAUCCGGUCCCGGGCCGCCCCUUCGGACAGGGCACCUCAACCCCCCGAGACAUGCAUACAACGAGGGGUCAUGAGGGGUCAUGAGGGGAGCCAAUGCUACGUACUACUGUGCGACAUGGUCAGCGCCUUGAACACGCUCACUUUUUCUCCCUUUCUCUAUGCUCAUCUAAACACACGUACCAUUCUAUCACAAGCAAUUAUGGCCAGACCGACGACCGAAUUUGCAGUACUCUCGUUAGUACCAGGGGCAAACUUGGUAGAUCCUGACUCUGAGGGGAGCCGCACCUGGAGAGAUUGCCUCAAGACAUUGAGUUCUUUUGAAGGGUUUCGUAGCUCCCUAUACAGCGUCGAUGAAAAGGACACCAAUACCAUGGUAGAGAUUGUGGACGAGGGGCUCCGCAACCUCUACCGCCGUCUCACUUUUGCUUUUUGUAGCGCUGACAAUGAGCCAGACUGGGAGAGCAUCGAGGCUCACCAAGCAGCGACGGAAUCUCCCAAGUAUGGCCCGUUCUUGGAAAAGGUGAGCGGCAUUUUGGCCGGGCCUCCAAACCUCAAACAUGCCAUGCUCAAUGUCUACGGGCCGGAGGGAGAGUCAAGCCUGUCUCCGCCGGCCAUCGCGUUCAAAAACACUCCAACCGUCAUUCAGAAGUUCUAUUUUCCGACUUCUGUCGAUACUGCGGCCGUUGAUGCAUCGGCUCUCGAAGUGGUCUACUCGGUGAAAAGCCUGAAAGGGUUCAAGGCGGCGGCAACAGGGUGGUUGCUUGAAGAAGUUGAGCAUCAGGCAUUGAGAGGAAGCGGAGGCAAAGGUUUCGUUUUGGUGACGAGCUGGGAGAAUCCUAGCCUUGCUAGAGAGUUCAGCACGUCUCUGAUUCCCCACCAUGAGCUGCAAAAAGUUGGAUCCGAGGCAGACGAGGGUUUCAUCGCCAGCUUCUAA